AUGCCCUGUUCCCAGGAGAUGCUGGACAGCAGAGAGAUGGGGGAGCUGAACCACAUGCAGCAGUCCACAGUGGCCUUAGGGCCCCAGAACUUUGGGAACCCCUGGCAGGGCUUCAUGAAAUGCUUGCUGGAGGUGGAGGAGGAGGAAGAGGCUAUGCUUCAGAGGACAACCAAGGCCCGAGCCACAACGGCCCGGAAGUCACCCAGGCCUCUGACUUCCAUGACAACCUUGGGCCCUAUCAGCAAUCCAACUGCAAGCCCACCUCUGGCCAUGGUUCAGACCCCAGCUGCAUCUCCUCCUGUAGCCCUGUCCUGGGCCCGGCCGCCUGCGCCUGGGCCAGUGUCUAUGCCUACAGCAGGGAUGGCAGUCUCUGCUUCAGGGCUGACGGGCCCCACCCUGGACCUGGCCUGGAGAAGGCCUGUUCACUUGCCAGAGACCUGUGAGAGGAGCCCAAGCUAUGCCAGUGCACGGCCGAUUCCAGAGGAGCACAGCCUUCUGAGCUUGUAUCAGAAUUGGGAGGAUAAGUCCAAGGAGCACCUCACCCAGAAGCAAGAAGAAGCCUUCCGCAGCUACUUUGAAUUCUUCAACGGGCCUGGAGAGGUGGAUGCACAAAGCUUGGAAAGCAUUCUGCUCCUAGUGGGCAUCUCGCUGACCCCAGCCCAGGUGAAUGACGCCCUGACCAGUGCUGAUAUUGACGGAGAUGGUCAUGUAGACUUCAAAGACUUCUUGGCGGUGAUGACAGACACCAAGCGCUUCUUCUGCUCUGUGGAUCAGAAUGCCCUGACAGGUACGGCUACUCCAAACCCCCACACUCUGCUCUUUGAGAUCCUGUCCCUGAUGGUGGAGAUGCUGGCUUUACCUGAAGCAGCCUUAGAGGAGAUCACCAAUUACUACCAGAAGAAGCUGAAGGAAGCCACCUCCCAGGCCCGAGAGGCAGAAUCACCCAUCCGCCCGCUGCAGUCCCGGAGGAAGGUUCCCUCCAACUCCCAGCAGGCAGACAACUCGGAAGUCCCAGAACGAAGAGUCCUGAGGAUUUUAAGCCGGCUAAAGCAGCAGAACUACGCUGCCAACCUGCAGAGUCCCUAUGCCCAAGUGCCCUGCAUCCCACUCUGCCCAAGGCUGGACAAGAAGACGGUCCGUCGGAAGCAGAGCAACCACUAUGUGCUGGACAAGUGCACUCCCAAUGUAGGCCUCCUCUAUCCAAUGGGACCUCAGGGAAGCAGGGAACAAAGCACUGACAGCCGAAAGUGGCUCAAUUCCAUGCCAGCUCGAACCCACUGA